AUGGAUGGAUGGACGAGGUCGGGCAACGGUGGGGCGGCAUCGGCCGGCCAUUGUUACUGUGCCUGGGUUGAGGCGGGUGGCAUUGGCAAGGCCAAGACCGAAGAGAGUCCUGCACAUUCAGGGGACCCGGGCUUGGACGGCGGAUGCGACUGGCCAGAUUCUGCUCUGCCUGCGCAACAACUAUCCAUCACUCUGCAUUCCAUGGCCGACUUUGCGGUGGCAGCCAUGCGGGAUGCGAAGCGCCUGUAA